GGGUAUAUCACCAAUCAAGAGAAGGAAAGAGGAGGGAACUGCCUUGAUCAUUACAGGUCCACCUCCAGUGGCAGCUGUAGUGGCCUUUAAGUGGCUGAAGACCAGCGCCCUCACAGGCCUACACCCAGACCUACUACCCUCUUUCCCCAUCCUGAUUGAGCCCCCUGUGCCUUGUUCGUGACUUUACUAGGGGUGAUUACAUGGGCCGCGUUCAGGAAGUGUCCUGGGUGACUGCAGGACUGGUGGUUUGGGCAGGUACCUGCUACUACCUUUACAGAUUAACCAAAGGAAGAGUCCAGAGUGUGAGGACACUUGCCAAAAAUGGGUCCAGGGUCAAGAUGGGGACUGUGGUUGGGGUACAGAACCAGACCCUGGCCACAGGUGAAGCCAUGGGUGGGACAGAGACUGAGACUAGACCCAAGGCCACAUCUGGAGCAGAAGCUGAAACAGGAGGGAGGGCUGGGGCUGAAGUAGAGAUUACCACCACUGCUAAAGCUAGACCCAAAGCCAGCUCUCAGGCCAUGACAAUGGCAGAGGCAGAGGCAGAGAUACAAUCUGAGGCCAAAACAGUGGCCAGAAAAGUGGGCAUGACAGAGGUAGUGACUUUGACUGAAGCCCAGGUCAAAGCUGGGGAAGUAGCUAUGAAAGAAGCCGUGACCCAAACUGACUCUGAGGCUGGGAGAGUAGUCAGGAGACAGGUUGUGACCCAGACCAAGGCUAAAGUUUGGCCACUGGCUGCCAGGGCAGAGACCAAGAAAGAAGUAAUGACCCAGACCAAAGUGGAAGCUCGUAUACUGGCUGAAAAAGAGACGAACAGAGUGACAGUGACCCAGAGUGAGGCCUUAGGAGUGACCAGGGAGGUGGCCAAGAUGGGUGCCAUAAGUAAGACUGGAAUUGUGGCUGAGACCAAGGCAAGAGCCCCGGAAGAGACUGUGAGUGUGGCCAAGAAUCAGUCUGAGGCCAGGCCUGGUAACACAGUUGAUGCUAAGGGAAAUCUUAAUGCCUCAUCCAGGGCAGAAGUUGAAGCGGACAUGAGGUUCUGCACACCAUCUCAGGCUGUAACCAAGAGCCAGGUCAUCAACGUGCCUGGUGCUGGGGUUGAGGUCAAGGGGAAACACAAAACAGUGUCUCGGGCAGAGUCUAGGGCAGACACGAGGGCUUCUGUCCAGCCUCAGAUUAUAGCCAAGACCCAGGCUGAAGCUAUGCUUGGGGCAAAGGUUGAUGCUGGGGCUAAUACCAAUGCCCUGUGUAAGGCAGGGGCAGGGGCAGAUAUGAGAGUUCCUAUGCAACCUCAGACUGUGGCCAAGAAACAGAUCGAGACAGUGUUUGGUGCCAGGGUUGAUGACAGGGGAAAUACUGAUGUCACAUCUAAGGCAAUGGCUGGAGCUGACAUGAGGGCUGCUGCUCACCCUCAAGCUAUAGCCAGUGCUCAGGCUGAGGCUACGCUGGACACCAGGCUUAAAGGUAGAGGCAACUCCAGUGCUCUGUCUAAAACAGGGGCCAGGGCAAACCCGAGGGCCAGUUCCCAGGCUGAGGCCUUGCCUGAUGCCAGGGUUAAGACCAGAGACAAUCCCAAUGCCAUGUCUAAGAUGGGGGCUGGGACAGACAUGGAGCUCUAUACACAGCCUCAGCCUGGGGCCAAUGUCCAGGCUGAUGCCUUGCCUGAUGGCAGGAUUAAGGCUAAAGGCAAUGCCAACACCAUGUCUAAGGAAGCGGCUGGGACAGACACAAAGGCACAGUCUCAGGCUUCCACCAAGAGCCAGGUUGAGACCUUACCUGGUACUAGAGGUAAGACAAGGGGAAAAGGCAAAAGCAAGCGUAAAGCAGGAGUCGGGAUAGAAAUGAAAACCAGCGUGCAGCCUCAGGUUGGGCCCAAGACCCACGCUGAUGCUUUACCCGAUUCCAGGGUUGAUGGCAGGGGUGAUCCUAAUGCUAUUUCUAGGUCAGGGGCUAAGGCAGAACUGAGGGCCUGUGGGCAGCCUCAGACUAUGGCCAGUUCCCAGGGUGAGGCCUUGCCUGAUGCCAAGAAUAAGGUCAGGGGCAAUUCCAAUACUAUAUCUAAGUCAGGAGCUGGACCAGAUACAAUGGGCUCUGCUCAGCCCCAGACUAAGGCCAGUUCGAAGGGUGAGGCCUUGUCUGGACCUAAGAAUAAGGUCAGGGGCAAUCCCAAUGCUGUGUCUAAGGCAGGGACUGGGCCAGAUACAUUGGCCUCUGGACAGCUCCAGGCUGUGGCCAGUCCUCAGGGUGAAGCCUUGUCUGGUAAUAAGAACAAAGUCAGGGGCAAUCCCAAUGUUGUGUCUAAGGCAGGGACUGAGUCAGAUACGAUGUGUUCUGCCCAGGAUGAAACAGAUACAACAGGCUCUGCCCAACCCCAGGCUGUGGCCAGUUCCCACGGUGAAGCCUUGCCUGGUACUAAGAACAAGGUCAGAGGCACAUCCAAUGCCAUCUCUAAGACAGGGGCUGGGCCAGAUACAUUGCGCUCUACCCAGCUCCAGGCUAUGGCCAAUGCCCAGGGGGAAUCCUUGCCUAGCAUCAAGAAUAAAGUUAAGGGUAAAUCCAGUGCUGUGUCUAAAACAGGGGCUGGACUAGAUACAGUGAACUCUGUCCAGCCUCAGGCUGUGGCCAGUUCUCAAGGUGAAGUCCUGCCUGGGACUAAGAGCAAGGUCAAGGGAAAUUCCAGUGCUGUGUCUAAGAUAGGGGCUGGGCCAGCUACAGUGGGAUCUGCCCAGCUCCAGGCUGUGGCAAAUGCCCAGGGUGAGGCCUUGCCUGGUGUCAAGAAAAAGGUCAAGGGCAACCCCAGUGCUUUGUCUAAAGCAGGAACUGGGCCAGAUUUAGCAGGUUCUGCCCAACCUCAGGUUGUGGCCAAUUCCCAGGGUGAAGUCUUGCCUGGGGCUAAGAACAAGGUCAGGGGAAAUUCCAAUGUUGCGUCUAAGACGGGGGCUGGGCCAAGUACAGUGGGCUCUGCCCAGCUCCAGGCUGUGGCCACUUCCCAGUGUGAAGCCUUGCCUGGUGUGAAGAAUCAGGUCAAGGGCAAUCCCAGUGCCGUGUGUAAGGGAGAGACCAGGGCAGAUGCAGUGGGCUCUGCCGAGCUCCAAGUUGUGACCAGUUCCCAGGGUGAAGCCUUGUUUGGUAAUAAGAGUAAGGUCAGGGGCAAUUCCAAAGUUCUGUCUAAGGCAGAGGCCAGGGCAGAUGUGACGGGCUCUGCUUGGCCUCAGGCUGUGGCCACUUCCCAGGAUGAAGCCCUCCUUGGCGCCAGAAGUAAGGUCAGGGGAAAUACCAAUGCUGAGUCUAGGGUAGAGGCUGGGGCACAUAUGAUGGGCUCUGGCCAGCCUCAGUCUGCAGCCCAUUUCCAGAGUAAGAUCUUGCCUGAGACAAAGGACAAGGCUAUACCCAAGUCUGAGGCAGAAGCCACAGGAGAUGAGGGUUAUGCAAAACCCAAGUCUGAGGCCAUGCUCACUUCUGAGAGUGGGAGUGGGACAGGUACUCAGGCCUGCAGUAAGACUCGGCCUAGGGUCCAUGACUAUUACUGGAAUGGGAUUGGUAUUGAGGAUUGGAUUGCUUCUGAGCGAUGGAUCAAAUUUAGGUUUCAGGCCAGGGAUGGAUACUGGGAGAAUAGCAUGUCCUGGGCUGAUGAUGAGAACGAAGCCAGUAUUGAGUCCUGGAGUGGAGCUAGUCAUAAGUCUGAUAUUAGGUCCUGGGCUGGAGCUAAGGCUGAGAAUGAAGUUGGUUUUCCAUCCUGGGCUGCAGCUGGGGACCAGGCCUGUGGGGGGCUCUGGGGUGGGAGUCAGGCCAGUGGGGGUUCUUUGUCAGAGGCUGGGGACAUGGCCAUUGGAGCAUCCUGGAUUGGGGCUGAGAACCAGGCCAGUGGGGGUUCUUGGGCUAGCACUGGGAACCAGGCUAUUGGGGAGCCCUGGGCUGGAGGUCGGGCCAGUAGGGUGUCCUGGGCUGGGGAAGAUGCCAUUGGAGGGUCCUGGACUGGAGCUGAGGAACAGGCCAGUGGAAGGUCCCAGGAUGGUGCUGGAAUUCAAGCUAAUGGAGGGUCCUGGGCUGAAGCUAAAGCUGGGAAUGUGGCUAGUAUUGGGUAUUGGCCUGGGGAUAUGGACCAGGCUAGUGUAGGGUACUGGGUUGGGACUGGUGGUCUGUCUGGUGGAUCCGAGCCUAGAUUUGAGGAUCAGGCCAGUGAAAAUGUGACCUGGGCUGACACUGCAGACCAACCUAGUGGAGGCUCCAGGCUGAGACCUAUGGACCAGUCGGGUGGUGAGUCCUGGGUUAAGGCUGGGGAACAGGCCAGCAAAGGUUUUAAACCAGGGUUUGUGGACCAGUCUAGUGCCAGUGACGACGGGUCCUGGGCUGGGACUAGUGAUCAGUCUGGUGGUGAGUCCAAGCCAAGAUUUGAGGAUCUGGCAAAUGUAGAAGCGUCUUUGGCUAAGGUUGGUGGCCAGGCUGAUGGAGGGCCUAGGUUGGGGCCUGAGGACCAGUCCAGUGGAAGGUCCUGGGGUGACUCUGGGGUCCAAGCCAGUGGAGGGUUCUUGGUUGGGGCCAUGGACCAGGCCAAUGGAGGGACCUGGGCUGUACCUGGGGAUCAGGCUGGUGGUGGGACAAAACCUAGAUUUGAAGAGCAGGCAAGUGGAAGAGGGUCUUGGGCUGACAAUGGGGGUCAGGCUGGUGGAGGGUCUGGGCUGAGUCCCAGGGACCAGUCCAUUGCAGAUUCCUGGGCUGGCACUGGGGACCAGGCCAGUAAAGAAUGUAGAUCAGGGCCCGAGGACCAGUCCAGUGGAUGGUUCUGUGCUUGCAGUGAGAGUCAAUCUAAUGCAAGUGGGUCCUGGGGUGGGUCUGGUGGCCAGGCUAUUGGAGGAUCUAGACUAGGGCCCAUGGUCCCAUCCAGUGGUGGGUCCUGGGCUGAUACUGGAAGUUGGGUCAGUGGAAGGUCUUGGGGAGGGACUGGAGAUCAAGCUAGAAGCUGUCCCAAACCUGGAUUUGAGGAUCAAGCCAGUAAAGGAAGGUUCUGGUCUGGUGUUGAAGACCAGGCUGUUGGAGGGUCUAAUCCAGGGCUUGCAAACCAGUCUAGUGGUGGGUCCUGGACUGGCACUGGGAGUCAGGUCAGUGGAAGGCCUUGGGCUGGGGCUGGGAUUCAGGCCGAUAGCUGUCCCAAACCUGGAUUUGAGGACCCAGCAGGUAGAGAAGGCUCCCAGGCUGGCAUUGGGGACCAGGCUAGUGGAAAAUUGUGGGCUGGGUCUAGGCCUCAUAAUGAAGCCUGUAAAAGAUCUAGGCUGGGGCUUGAGGACCAGGCAAGUGGAGGGACCUGGGCUAGGGCUGGUGACCAGGCCAGUGGAAGACCCCAGAUCAGUGCUGAGAUGGAGGCCAACGAAAGAUCCUGGUUUAGGACAGGGGGUGAGACUAGUACAGGGUCUUGCUUCAGGAGAGGGGAAGAGGCUGGUAUUGUAUCCAAACCUGGAGAUAAAAAUGAAGCCAAUAUUGAAUCCCGAUCAGGGGCUAAAGAAGAGGUCAUCCUUAGUUCCAGAUUUGGGGCUGAGGAUAAGGCCAGUAUUGGGUCCUGGAUCAGCUCUGAAGAGGCAGCCUGUAUGGAUUCCUUUGUGGGGGCUGAGGCUGGGGCUGAGGCAGAGGUCAGGAAGGAGUCUUGGCUCUGGGAUGGAGAUGCAGCCACUACGGGCUCUAGGCUUGGGGCUGAGGAAGAGGCUUGCAUGGAGUCGUGGAUUUUGGCUGAGGAUGUAGAUGAGGAUGAGCUAAGUAGAGCGUCUAGCCCUGAUAUUGAGGAAAUCAGUUUAAGGUCCUUGUUUUGGGCUGACAGUGAGAGGAGUAAUGAGUUCAGACCCAAGAGGGAGAGAAAUGUCAAUUUUGAGUGUGGAGCUGGAGAUAAGGCCAAUGCCAAGGGUAAGCUUGAGGCACCAACUGCUGGUGGAGUUGAUGAAAGGUCUUGGUUCUGGGAUGGUAAUGAAAACAGAAGUGAGGACAAAUCUGCACCUAAGACUAAAGCCAAAAAGUCAGCUGAGUCAAGAGGCACAUAUCCAUCCAUGGUCCCUGGUGCAGGAAUGGGGUCAUGGGCAGGAGCCAUGAUCUGGACAGAAAUGGAAUUUCCAUACCAAAAUAAGUCCUGCUUUCCACCUGAGGAUGAGCUCAGAAAGCAGAUCAGGUAUGAGGAGAAAACUCAGCCCUGGACCUGUCGCUGUAAACGCGAAGCAAAUAUGGAUCCACGAGAACUUGAAAAACUCAUUUGCAUGAUUGAAAUGACUGAAGAUCCUUCUAUUCAUGAAAUAGCUAAUAAUGCUCUUUAUAACAGUCCUGAAUAUCCCUUUUCCCAUGAAGUCAUUCGUAAUGCAGGUAGAAUCUCAAUUAUUGAAAGUUUGCUCAAUAAUCCCUAUCCCAGUGUUAGGCAGAAGGCUUUAAAUGCACUGAAUAACAUCUCAGUGGCUGCUGAAAAUCAUAGGAAGGUGAAAACAUACUUAAACCAAGUUUGUGAAGACACAGUCACCUAUCCCUUGAAUUCAAAUGUACAGCUGGCUGGACUAAGACUGAUAAAGCAUUUGACUAUUAUUAGUGAAUAUCAGCAUAUGGUUACAAAUUAUAUUUCAGAAUUUCUUCGUUUGUUAACUGUGGGAAGUGGAGAAACGAAAGACCAUAUUUUGGGAAUGCUUUUGAAUUUCUCUAAAAAUCCAUCUAUGACAAAAGACUUACUCAUUGCCAAUGCACCAACAUCACUGAUUAAUAUCUUUAGCAAGAAAGAGACAAAAGAGAAUAUUCUUAAUGCUCUUUCACUAUUUGAAAAUAUAAAUUAUCAUUUUAAAAGAAGGGCAAAAGUAUUUACCCAGGACAAGUUCAGUAAAAAUUCCCUUUACUUCAUAUUCCAACGACCUAAAGCUUGUGCCAAGAAGCUCCGAGUCUUAGCAGCAGAGUACAGUGACCCUGAGGUGAAAGAAAGAGUUGAGCUAUUAUUAAGUAAACUCUGA